UACGAGAUUCUCAACAAGAGGUGUGACAUGGUCAUCCUCACUGACGAGUACUUCUACAAGUAUCAGGUCGCCCUUCCGUUUCGGCUCGGUUCGCCUUACCGGACAGAGGUCAAUCUUGCCCUGAUGGACAUGGCAACGGCCGGGCAGAUGGAUGUACUUGAGAACAGGUGGUUUAACAAGAAGAAUUACAACUGCUACGCUGACUCAGCUCCGGACGAUGGUGUCCUGGGAUUGGACAACCUGGAUGGCCUUUUCUACUACCUCAUGCUCGGAACGGCCGUCGCCAUGUUGGUGUCCAGUCUGGAAUGGUUGUAUUUUAAAUGUACGAAAAGUGGGAAUGACGGGCCCACUGAAUCAGUUAAUUAAAGAAGCGUCAUGGAUAUAAAAAAAGCAGAGGCUUAUGACUUAAUGGA